UUGGCGUCAAGCAAAGAGUAAAUUAAUAUAUGGCGUCAAGUCUACUUUAGUUUUUACUUUUUAGUUUUAUUAUUUCAAGUGCUAAGUGCUUUCAACUAAAUAUUUCCAGACUCCAGAGUCCAGGCUUGUUCAAGAAACGAAUCCUUCUGGAAGAAUUGUUUGAAUUUAACUCAGCAAAGUGAUUUGACCGAAACAGUAUUCAGUUCAGUUUUUAGUUGUCAAAUGCUGUUUUCCAAUUUAAUUUUCAAUUGACUUGACCGACGUGUUUUUAGGAUGAGAUCUUCAUGUGGUAAACUUAUUUCAUGGUCAGAGGACGAGAUAAUAAAAUUUUUGAAGAUCUACAGAAAGUUAGAUGUACUGUGGGACAAUACUAAUUUGUAUUACAAAAACCAACAAAAACACUUGGAAGCUUACAAAUUGUUUUUAAAGAGUUUGAAUAAAGAGUACGUAACUAUGGAGGAUUUGAAGAGUAAAAUUAAUUCGAUACGUACAAGUUAUAAGAAAGAAUUGAAUAAGAUGGCGAUAGAUGAGGACUAUACGCCGCGUAUUUUUUGGUUCAAGCUAGUCGACUCGUUCUUAAGACGCGUUGUCAACCAGAAACUGAAUCUAACCUUAAAAGAUCAAGAUGAUUUACCAGUGGAAUCAGAAACAGAAGAAGACAAUGAUUUCUUAAAAGUAACCUUUAUAGAGGAGAACCAGGAAACAUCUGAAACUUCAAAAAAAUCAUUAAAGAGAAAUUUAAAAAGCUGCAAUAACUCUACAAACUUCAUUCCAUGUAAAGUAGAACGAAUGUCAAGUAAAUCAACGGAUAGUGAGUUUGAGGAUGAAUUUGAUCAUUUCAGUCGGUCGAUAGCCGUCCAGCUACGAAAGUUGCCAGAAAUUGAUGCACUGGAUUUGAUGCAACAAAUACAACAAAUGAUACUCAUCAAAAAGCAACAACAACAGCAAACACUGCAAUUACAGCAAAUAUAACCAUCCAGCUAUGAAAGUUGCCAGAAAUUAAUGCACUGGAAUUGAUGCAACAAAUACAACAAAUUAUAGUAGUUAAAAAGGGGCAACAAUAUCAUAUACAGCAACUAUAGCCAUCCAGCUAGACAAGUUUUAGCAGAUUCAGAGGUGAUUACAAAAAUAAGAAAACUAAUGGCGAACAAAGGUUAUGAUUCACAACAUUUGUCAGGACAACUUAAUUAACAAAUCAAACUGUAACCAAAAUAAGAACCGUAGAAUGGCAGAGAAUCACCUUGAGUGAAGUCACGCACUUGUGAACGAUGUGUGUAGGGUUAAAGGCGCCUUUGACAGAUAUCUAACACUCCCCUUUUCCACUCAACUCUCCCCGCCUAUCCCAAGUAACCCAUAAAGAAUUACACAACAAGUGAUGUGGACGGCUCGAACGCCACGAGCACACUGAAGCCGUCCGUACCGCAAGUCGUUGCAACGCGGCGAUAACAUAAGUUGCCAGAAAUUGAUGCAACAAAUACAACAAAUGAUAGUCAUCAAAAAGCAACUACAACAUCAAAUAUAGCCCAGCUACACAAGUUGUCUGAAAUUGUUGCAACUGUAUGGCUGACAUUGAUGUACUUAAUAUGGAAUUUAAUAUAUGGGUGCAAUAAUAAUAUGGGUGCAAAAUAUAACAAACUAGCGGACGCCCGUGACUUUGCCCGCGUAGAAUUAAGUUUUUCACAAAUCCCGCGGGAAUCAUGGACUUUUCUGGGAUGAAAAUUAGCCUAUGUGUUAAUCCAGAGUAAGAUCUAUUUCCAAUCCAAAUUUCAGCCAACUUGCUUCAGCCGUAGCGUAAAGGAUGAACAAACAUACACACACACACAAACUUUCGCCUAUAUAAUGUUAGUGUGAUGUGAUGUGAUAGUUAUAAGACAAAUGUAAUUUAUCUAGCUCGACUAAUACUAAAAUAGUCCAAACUAGGCCUAAUAGGCUGUACAUAUUACUUCAGUAUUUUAGUCGAGUACAAACAAUUUUUGGAAGGUAAAACCACAGCCUUUCUUGAUGAGUACUGUUUACCAACAAACAAAUUAAAAAUGAGGGUAUAAAUCACUAGUCACUUCACACCUAAUAAUAAUUAUAAUUAAGUUGUUCUUAAAUUAAUGAAAAUAAAUUUGAUUAAUAAUCUUAGAACGAUACAAUAUGGUUAAUAUAUUUUAAAUAACAUUUAAUAAACAAACCAUACAUAAUUUAAAAUAAAUAAGCUAUAAAAUGACAUGCGUUUUCUACCUUCAUAUCUAAUUUCUUUGUUGGCAAACAGUACUCAUCAAGAAAGGCCUAACAGACGCCAAUGUCGUCUGUAGACAGGACAAUGUGGCGUCAGCUAGUCUAAAAUAAAAUAUUUUUCU